AGCUAUCGGAAGCCAAGCCUAUCUAAGCCAUAGACGAACGCCAAUCCAUUCUAAGGACGACAAGUUUCGGUCGGUGUUUCCUUGCGGUCGUCCCCAGGAGUAAGAGGAGGCAGUUUUACAGUUUCGCUCGUCUCUCGCAAACGCCAAGAACAUGUCUAAGGAGCCUGUUCGGGUGCUGGUGACUGGCGCAGCAGGCCAGAUUGCCUACUCGCUGGUGCCCAUCAUAGCCAAGGGCCAUGUGUUUGGUUGUGACCAGCCGGUCAUUCUGCACCUGCUGGACAUCCCGAUGAUGAUGGGCGUCCUCAACGGCGUCGUCAUGGAGCUCGUGGACUGUGCCUUCCCUCUCCUGAAAGACGUGGUGGCCACGGACGAUGAGAAGGUUGCCUUUUCGGGCAUCGACGUGGCCUUCCUGGUGGGUUCGAUGCCCCGCAGGGAGGGCAUGGAGCGCAAGGACCUGCUGGCCGCCAACGUCAAGAUCUUCAAGAGCCAGGGCCACGCCCUCGACCAGUAUGCCAAGAAAUCCGUCAAGGUGCUGGUGGUGGGCAACCCUGCAAACACGAAUGCCCUGAUCUGCUCCAAGUAUGCUCCGUCCAUCUCCAAGGAGAACUUCUCGGCCAUGACGCGUCUCGACCACAACAGGGCCAAGGGACAGAUUGCCCAGAAGUUGAAGGUGUCGGCCGCAGACGUGCGCAAUGUCAUCAUCUGGGGCAACCACUCGUCCACUCAGUUCCCCGAUGCCAGCCACGCCUCGGUGACCCUGAACGGCCAGAGCGUCAAGGUCACCGACGCCAUCAAGGACGAGGCCUACUUCCAGGGCGAAUUCCUGACUACUGUACAGAAGCGUGGGGCGGCGGUGAUUGCGGCACGAAAGCUCUCUAGCGCCAUGUCAGCUGCAAAGGCGGCAGCUGACCACGUGCAUGACUGGUGGCAUGGCACUCCCGAGGGCGAGUGGGUAUCCAUGGCAGUGAUGAGCGACUGCUCGUACGGCUCGCCGUCUGACGUGGUUUUCAGCUACCCGGUCCAUAUCGAUGCCCAGCGGCGCUGGCGCAUUGUGGGCGAACUGCCCGUGUCGGACUUCGCCCGGCAGAAGAUCGACGCCACGGGCAAGGAGCUUGUCCAGGAGCGCGACGACGCCCUGGCCGUCUGCAAGGAUUGACGGGACGCACCGUCUGCAGCCAAGCUCUGAGAACCCCACCCUCUAAUCUCUUUCACAACCUCGAAUCUCGCCCGUUGCCUCUUUCAGGCAUAAUAGACAACCCAUUAUUCCUGUAAUUUUUCCUUUGACAGCUGCCAAAAAACAUAAUAUUAAAAUGAAGCGGGAAGAUUAUAUAUUGGUUUAAUUAAUUACAAGCGGAUGACUGCAUAAUUUCAUACCGUCAUGCAGAAGGAGGAUCGACCUUUCGGCAGUCAGCUUUUAGUGGAUGCUGCUACAUUUUUUGUGAAAUAAAAGCAAAUUCAAUUGAAUAUGAAAUCACAAGAAAGAAUCAAAGGAGUGCGCAGGUGCCGGCAAUAGCCAGUAGACAGUCGCAUGCGAAGCAAACAUGGUACUUUGUCAUGGCAGCCAUGUAAAUAAUUAUGUGGCUUUCUUCAGCAAGCAAAUGAUGGGCAUGCACUGAGCUGGAAGUCGGCCAGUGUACCAUUCCGUGCAGUGCCUGUGUCACUUGUUAAUGACUGCACCCAAUAUAAAUUCACCACGAUACAUCUUUAGCGUAAGCUUUGUAUCCUCUGGUACAUAUCACUCGGGACAUUGUGAGUGCUAGGCUGUCCUAAAUCGAGGUGCCCGAAACUUCCCACAGUGAGUGUGGGGACUUUACCCUUGUUGAACACUUUUGCAAUGUCGUUUUUCCUGCAUAAUGGCAAUCAAUUCCUUUCCCAUUGUCUGGCGAGGCAAUCGGCGAGACUGUAGGGGUUGGCCCUUUUCCAUUUCCCUCUUCUAGCCACUGUUCGUAACGUAGCAACGAUGUGACUUCAUUUCUAGAAAGUACCUGACACUUUCAAGUGAACCAAGGUCUGGCAAGGCGCAUCUGCUGUUCGAUCAGCCAUGUCACCGAUAAAGAUCAGACUGCGAAAGCAACCCAGAAUCCGAAACCUCCAGCUGAAGAUGUGCUUGAGAAGUACGGACUGCUGAUGAAGACGUGCCUACCUCAUUGGUUUGCACAUCGCUUUGCGUUUGCCGCUCGAAUUCACUCGAAGGACCUCUCACUUCAAUGUUGGGUGAUAGGUAGCAGGAAAAGAGACCCCGCCUUUUCUUUCAAACAAUUAUAAUAAUCUGCGUGGCUUGCAGUGUUCUAGGAAGUAAGAUAACAGGCUUAGCACCCUGUGUUAUCAACAAGAGGCUUUUACAUCGAAGGCGUUCUCGGAAAUGGCUUAUCCACACAAAUACAUCACUAUGUUGCUACAUAUCAAAAUCUAUUCUGGCCAAUCUAGGGCUUUUGACUUGAAACUCUUUCUUUUCUUAAAUUGGUAUGAACACUUGUUUUUUCUAUACACAACUCUCUCUACUUUCGCUAUUAUGGCUGUAGGCGGACCAAACAAAUUGCAGGCAGAUCAGAUCGCCCAACAAGAGUACAUAAUUAAUAAGUACUAAUUGCAGGUUGCGGUAAAAUUACGCCUCACUAACAUAAGGUGCUUGGUUUGCGGUGACAACACAAACUAUCUGUAGACUACAUGUAUGCUUACAAUGGAAGGUUCAUGAGUGAAUGAGUGUUGCUCCGCGUCGUGUAGGAGUGACCCGCGAGAGUGCGUAUGUAUAGGCAGCAAACUUGGGUUCAGUAUUGUUCAUUGCAUGAACUUGUGCAAAGCUGAUGCUUGGUCAGCAUCGCUGAAUGCUACAGGACUUCCUUUUCAGAACCAAAGAACAAAAUUAGGCUUUUUAAAAGUCGUGUAUUGUGACAUCCAGCACAAGUCAUGUUUCCGUAAGAAGCACUGCAUGGUUAUUUGUGAUUUUUAUGACUUUACAAUGCAGUUGUGAAUUUGAUUUGCCUAUUUGAAGCAGUAUUCACAUGUUUUCACUAUCGACAUGCUUUUGUGGAAUGCUGUGUAGAUAGACUGCUUUCUUUAAUAAAGCUUUGCUCGGGGGUGUCGGAGAUA